GUGUUGUGUAUAUAAAUGAAACGCUGAGUGCUUCUUCUUCAGAAACACCGUGACUGUUUUCAUCCUUCAGAUCUCCGCAAGGCAGCAUCAUGAAGAGCAUGCACGUCUUUCUCUUCUGCUCUCUGGCAGCUGUGACGCUUUCGGCCGUCUUCGGCAACAAUUCCAUCAAUCCUCGAGAAUGCUGCUUUGACUACUACCCAAGAAAGUUGAACCCCAAACGCUUCGAGUCAUAUUAUCUGACUGACAACCGAUGUCCCUCAGUAGGAGUCAUACUGAUGACCAAAAGGAACUUUCGCAUCUGCGCCAACCCGACGACGUCCUGGGUGGAGAAGAUCAUGAAGUAUGUGGACGAAUCCACCUUCUGAAGGAUGCGCCUGCCAGCCUGCAUUUUUGGGAAACGCCUCGUCUCCACUUGCUUAUUCUGCUUUACUUUGUCACAAACAACCAAAAAGAAGCCAUGUGCCUGGCCACUUGACUUUUGUUUUUAAUUGAGAAUCCAUCUGGUCUGAUUGGUUGUAGGAAAUCACAGCAUUUCAAUUAACUGCGCUUUUAAAUCAUUUAAUUGCUAAGUGACAAAUCUUAGAUUUGAUAACAUGCUGACAUUGCGCUUGAUGUGAUUUUAUCGGACAAUGCUGCCAUCUGCUGGCUAACAAUGAAAAUGCCAACUUUGAGGGGGCUCGUAGUUUGUCAAUGGAGCUCCAAUAAACUAAUCGUGUAAAUCAG